GGUGCAUGCCGGGCGUGCCGCCCGCCGUGACGCUGCACAUCGCACCCGGCACCGCCACCGGGCCCGCGGCCAUGGCGGGCGUGAAGGUGAUCGCCAACGACACCGAGUUCCAGCCCGAGCUGAGCGCCGCCGGCUCCCGCCUGGCCGUGGUGAAGUUCACCAUGAGGGGGUGCGGGCCCUGCCUGCGGAUCGCGCCCGCCUUCAGCGCCCUCAGCAACAAAUACCCGCAGGCAACCUUCCUGGAGGUGGACGUGCACCAGUGCCAGGGCACGGCUGCCACCAACAACAUCUCGGCGACGCCCACCUUCCUGUUCUUCCGCAACAAAGUGCGCAUCGACCAGUACCAGGGCGCCGACGCCGUGGGGCUGGAGGACAAGAUCAAGCAGCACCUGGAGAACGACCCUGGCAGCAGCGAGGACACGGACAUCCCCAAGGGAUACAUGGAUCUGCUGCCCUUCAUCAACAAGGCUGGCUGCGAGUGCCUCAACGAGAGCGACGAGCACGGCUUCGAGAACUGCCUGCGCAAGGACUCCUCCUACCUGGAGUCUGACUGCGACGAGCAGCUGCUCAUCACUGUCGCUUUCAGCCAGCCUGUCAAGCUGUACUCCAUGAAACUUCAGGGGCCGGACAAUGGGCAAGGCCCCAAGUGCAUCAAGAUCUUCACCAACCUGCCGCGCUCCAUGGACUUCGAGGAGGCGGAGCGCAGCGAGCCCACGCAGGCGCUGCAGCUGGGCCCCGAGGACAUCAGGGAGGAUGGCAUCGUGCAGCUGCGCUACGUCAAGUUCCAGAACGUCAACAGCGUCACCGUGAGUGCUGCUGCAGUGCCGGGGCAGUGCCAGCCGUGCCAGCCCCGCCCCGCCGCGCGCUCUGCUCGCCUCGCACGCGGGCACGGCUGCUGCAGGUGUCCCUGGUGCACUUCUCAUGCUCCUUUCGGCUUCCCCUGCAGCUGUUUGUGCAGUCCAACCACGGCGACGAGGAGACGACGAGGAUCACGUAUUUCACGUUCAUUGGCACGCCAGUGCAGGCCACCAACAUGAACGACUUCAAACGGGUAGUGGGCAAGAAGGGCGAGAGCCACUAGGAGCGAGGCCGGGAGCCCCUCCCCAUCCCCGAGGGCGCGGCGGGAGCGUCCCGGACCGGGACCGGGACCGGACCGGCUCCUCCCGCCCUGGAGCCGCGCUUGCAGCCCUGCACUGCUGCUGCUGCACUGCUGCUGCACUGCUGCUGCACUGCUGCCGCCUUGUAAAUAAAGCUGCUGGUUUUGCCAAGCUGCGGGCAGGUGGGAGCUCUCUGCACACAGCGUCCCGGGAGACACA